AUCAGUAUUGUGCAUGCAUAUUAUGAUGGCAAUAAUUCACUGAAUUGUUCAAAUAGCCAACAUGUGACUUUUGCAAUAGGUGGUGUGGUCGAAAAAAGCUCUCGUAUUGGCAGAGAACAAAAGAUAGCCAUGGAAAUGGCUAUCCGUGAUUUCUGUAGGAUGGCGAGUACUUGUUCUUGCCCAACUUUACACCUGAAGGAUUCUCAAGGCAACUCGACUCGAUCAGUUUAUGAAGUAAUUGACCUCAUGAAGAACAAACAAGUUCAAGCAGUUAUCGGAACGAUAAGCCCCCACGUAGCCAUUUUACUUUCCGAGUUUAACCAAGUCACCAAGAAGGUUCCCAUCAUUUCUCUAACCCCGACAGCCACUUCCUCAGUUCCACGCUCAGCAACAGAACCAUCUUUUUUUGAGAUGAGUCACGAUGUCACAACCCAUAUGCAAUGCAUUGCUGCAAUAGUUGGCCACUUCAGUUGGCGCAAGGUGACACCUAUAUAUGAAAACCAUAGUACAUUUAGCUUUGGUACUAGCCCCUUGAUACAUCUGUUAGAUGCGCUCCAUUUGGUUGAUUCAAGCAUUGAACGCCACUUAAUAUUUCCUCCUUUGCAUACUCUGUCAAAUGCAAGCCGCUUCAUUGAACACGAAUUAAAAAAGCUCAAGAUGCAGGAGAGUAGGAUUUUUGUUAUCUUACAAUCAUCUAUAAGAUCAUGUAUCUUAUUAUUUGAUAUAGCAAAGAAGCUGGGUAUGAUGGAAAAAGGUUAUGUGUGGAUCAUUUCGGAUGAUAUAGCAAGCGUUCUUGAUUCAGUUGACCAAUCGGUUAUAUCUAGCAUGCAAGGUGUAGUCGGAAUCAAAACUAACUUUGCAGUCACCAGUAACACUUUUAGAGAAUUCAAACUUCAUUUUAGGAGGGAGUUUAGAAGCAAAUACCCAGAAGAAGAAUAUUUAAACCCUAGUAUAUACGCUCUACGCACUUAUGAUGCAACUUGGGCUGUUGUUAAGGCCAUUCAAGCUUCAAAAGGCUCAAGUUCAUCUGUAAACUUUUUUGAAAGCAUUUCACAUAGUGAAUUCGAUGGUUUAAGUGGUGAAAUAAGCUAUAAAACCGGGAAAAUGGUACAGCUUCCAACCUUUCAAAUCAUUAACGUGAUUGGUAAAAGCUACAGAAAAAUUGGGUUUUGGUCACAAGCGUCUGGUUUCUCAAGUGAUAACCAUGGAAAUGGAAAGGCGAACCUGGGUUUGAUUUAUUGGCCGGGUGGUAAGGUGUUGGAGAGCAAACAUAUACCAUUGAAGGUUGGUCUGUCUUUAGAAGCUAAUUUCAAUCAAUUUGUCGAAGUUAGUGCUCCAUACAGAGGUACAUAUGGCCCGUUGAUUAGUUCUCAAGGUAUAUCAGUCAACUUCAUGUCUGAAUUACGAAAUAAGAACUAUGAUAUGGUCACUGGUGAUAUAGAAAUAGCAGAUCGGGACAUAGAUGGCAGAAAAUUUGUUGCUCUCAUGAAGCAGUUUCCUUAUUGGCCCGUUGGAGGACCUCUAAGAAUCCUGCAGAGUGGUAAGGCAUUGGAGAGCAAACACAAACCAUUGAAGGUUGGUGUGCCUGCAGAAGCUUUUUUCAAUCAAUUUGUUAAAGUUAGUUAUGACCAAGACAAGAAUAAAACCUAUGUGACUGGUAUGUCAAUAGACGUGCUUGAAGCUGUUGUAAAGGAGCUCCCUUAUCCGUUGUCUUAUGUUAUGGUUCCAUACAAAGGCACAUAUGACAAUUUGGUGGCUGAAGUACAUAAUAAGAACUUCAAUAUUGCCAUUGGUGAUAUAGAAAUAACAGCAGAUCGGUACAAGCAUUCUCAGUUUUCACAGCCUUACAUGGACACGGAAUUGGUCAUGGUAGCUCCGGUAAAAAGAGAUUCUCUGAAGGAAGGGUAUAUUUUUAUCUAUGCCUUUACAACAAAGAUGUGGCUUAUUUUACUGGCAAUGACAGUAGGGACAGUUUCUGUUGUUUGGUUCAACGAGCACAUACAUGGAAAUGGGGAUUUUGACGCUUCGUCUACCCUAGAAUAUAUAACAAGGAUGCUUUGGUUCGCGAUUGCAGUUUUGUCACUGUCACAUAGAGAAUUGAUCAAAAACAAUUUGUCUCGGUUAGUGCUGGCUACAUGGUUUUGUGUAAAUAUGAUUGUUGCUGUGUGUUUCACCGCAACCCUCUCUUCAAUUAUAACAGAUUCAAGGUUUCGACCAUCACUAGAUUUUCACAGAAACAAUUUUGUUGUUGGCUGCAAUGAAAAUUCUUUCGUUUUUCGUUACCUGGUGAAUGUCUUGCAUUUUAGCCCAAAGAAUAUAAGACAUAUUCAAUCUAUUGAAGAAUAUCCUAUAGCAUUCAAUGAAGGGGAGAUAGAAGCGGCUUUUUUUGUAUCUCCACACGCCAAUGUAUUCCUUGCAAAGUAUUGCCAAGGCUAUGAAAAGAUUGGACCUACUAUCAAACUUAGCGGUUUUGGUUUCGUGUUUCCGAAGGGUUCAACACUCGUGAGAGAUAUUUCAGAGGCCAUCCUCAAAGUAACACAGACUGGAGAGAUAGAUAUGCUAGAGAAAAACAUGCUGAGAUCUCUGUCCACUUGUUCUCAAUUAGCUCAUGAAUCCAAUGGUCCUAGAAGACUAGACUCCCGGGCUUUCACUGGAUUGUUCAUAAUGUCAGGUUGUAUUUCUGCUUUUGUGUUUUUCACCACAUUGAUCCAUCUAAUAGCUAAACGCCAAGACUCGAUAUGGAGCUCAACCCAAUCAAACCUUAUCAAGAGAAGAGUUGGCAGAUGGUUGAUAUUGUUACUCCGAACCAGGGUUGUCCAUGAUAAUCCUGGUGUAGAAUUAACUCCAACCCAAGCAGCCGCAUAGUACAUUCCAAGCAUACAAAAAAUGUAUUAUAAGAUUUUACUGUUGAUUAACUGAUUCAUUAACAGCAAGUACUUCUUCAAAA